AUGAACGACGCUAGACGGCUCCGAGGUCAACUCAGAAUAAAUUUGGGAGCAUUAGAGACUAUCGCGUUGUUCCGAGGAGAGAAGGAAGACACGUCUCGCUGCUGCGGGGGCUAUUAUUGCGAUCAGGGAGAUAGUAGGCCAACUUUCGAGAUGACAGUUUUAUUCUUCGUGCAUGGUGGACUGUACAAAAGCGAACUGGCUGAUCCUCCCAGAGUGUCAAGAGGUGCUGUGGGGGAGGGGGAAGGGAAAGAAAUCCUCAAACACGUUUUCGCUACUUUCCGAGCACGAUAUCGUGAGAAUUCAUGGUGA